AUGGCUACCGCAAAGCGCGACGUGAGGAAUCACGUUCUCUUCGAGGUCGCUACCGAAGUCGCCAAUCGAGUCGGUGGUAUCUACUCUGUCCUCAAGUCGAAAGCCCAGGUCACAACAGCAGAGUAUGGCUCAGCCUACACGCUGCUGGGUCCUCUGAACCGCAACUCGGCAGCUGUCGAGGUGGAGGAGCUCGAGCCUAAGGACCCCGCCAUGUUGGCCACCAUCAAGUCCAUGAACGAGCGUGGCAUCAAGACACUAUACGGAAGAUGGUUGAUUGAUGGAGCCCCGAGAGUGUUGCUUUUCGACACUGGUACUGGUUACUACAAACUCGACGAGUGGAAGGGCGACCUCUGGGCAACUGCCGGCAUCCCUUCGCCUGCAGAUGACCACGAAACCAACGAGGCCAUCGUCUUUGGUUACCUCGUUGCAUGGUUCCUUGGAGAGUACGUUUAUCACGAAAAGGAGCGUGCAGUCGUUGCUCAGUUCCACGAGUGGCUCGCCGGUGUUGCUCUACCUCUGUGCAAGAAGCGCAGAAUUGAUGUGACCACCAUCUUCACCACUCACGCAACUCUCCUCGGUCGUUACCUGUGCGCCGGCUCUGUCGAUUUUUACAACAAUUUGCAAUACUUCGACGUCGAUGCCGAAGCUGGAAAGAGAGGCAUCUAUCAUCGCUACUGCAUAGAACGUGGAGCUGCUCAUGCCGCCGAUGUCUUUACAACCGUCUCGCAUAUCACUGCUUACGAGAGUGAACAUCUGCUCAAGCGCAAGCCCGACGGUGUUUUGCCAAACGGUUUGAACGUCAAGAAGUUCUCGGCAACUCACGAGUUCCAAAACUUGCACCAAGUCAACAAAGAGCGCAUCAACGACUUUGUUCGUGGUCACUUCUAUGGCCACAACGACUUCGAUCCCGACAAGACUCUGUACUUCUUCACUGCAGGUCGUUAUGAGUACCGCAAUAAGGGUGUCGACAUGUUUAUUGAGUCUCUGGCCCGUCUCAACCACCGUCUCAAGGCAUCCGGCUCGGACAUGACCGUUGUUGCUUUCAUCAUUAUGCCUGCACAAACCACUUCGCUCGCUGUCGAAGCACUCAAGGGCCAAGCCGUUCUCAAGUCUCUGCACGACACUGUCAGCUCUAUCGAGAAGAACAUUGGCAAGAAGCUCUUUGAGCGCUCUCUGGCAUGGCACGAAGGACAGAACCCUCCUGACGAGACCGGUCUCUUGACCCAAGAAGACAAGGUUCUGCUUCGCCGCCGUCUCUUUGCCAUGAAGCGCUCCAACCUGCCUCCCAUUGUUACCCACAACAUGGUCAACGAUUCGGAAGAUCCCAUCCUGAACCAAAUCCGUCGUUGCCAACUCUUCAACCACCCUACCGAUCGCGUCAAGGUCGUCUUCCAUCCCGAGUUCUUGAGCUCCGGCAACCCAGUCCUUCCGAUGGACUAUGACGAUUUUGUUCGCGGUACUCACUUGGGUGUCUUCUCCUCUUACUACGAGCCCUGGGGUUACACUCCUGCCGAAUGUACCGUCAUGGGUGUUCCUUCCAUCACCACUAACCUCUCCGGAUUUGGAUGCUACAUGGAAGAGCUGAUUGAGAACGCUCAGGACUAUGGUAUUUACAUUGUGGAUAGACGCAUGAAGGGCGUGGACGACAGUGUGAACCAACUCACCGAGUACAUGUUCGACUUUGUCGGAAAGAGCCGCAGACAACGCAUCAACCAGCGUAACCGUACCGAGAGAUUGAGCGACCUUCUGGACUGGAAGCGCAUGGGUAUGGAGUAUGUCAAGGCCAGACAGCUGGCUCUGAGAAGAGCAUACCCUGCUUCAUUCGAGGGCGAUGAAGAACCUGGUUUCUUUGACGGCACCGAAGUAAAGAUCUCUCGCCCACUUUCUGCACCUGGCUCGCCGAGAGACCGCUCAGGCAUGAUGACUCCUGGUGAUUUCGCAUCUCUGCAAGAAGGUAGAGAAGGCUUGAGCACCGAGGACUACAUUGCCUGGAAACUUCCUGAGGAGGAAGAUGUGGACGAAUAUCCCUUCCCGCUUACCCUUCGAAGCAAGAACUCAUCGACAAAUGGAACUGGCACCACAACACCUACAAACGGUACUGCUGCGACGAGCAACACAAGCGGCGCUGCCUUCUGA